GGGGACAGAGCCAGGCCUUUGUGACCCUGGGCUUUUCUCUGCAGGGCUAGAGGCUGCAGAGACACCCAUCGUCUGGGACUGGUGGCCUCCCUGGGCAAGACUGUGGACCUCUGAGUUGCUGCUGAGUCAAGAACUGCCUCUUUGCAGAAAAACAACCAAUUUACUUUCCAUUCUGCUGCCUGAGACAACCAUAUCCUCCUCUUACGCACACCCCAGCCUCCCAUGGAGAGCUCAGAUGUGGAGCUGGAUCUCCAGCGGAGCGUGCAGGCUGUGCUCCGAGAGCUCAGCGCCCAGGCCCCCGCCUUGCAGAGCAACCGAGGCAUGUGGAGGUGGUCCCUGCACAAGAAGGUUGAGCGGGAUCCUGGGAAGAGCCCGGCGCUGGUCCGCAUCCUGCUCAGAGAGUUGGAGAAGGCAGAAAGUGAGGAUGCCCGCCACAUCAUCAUUCCCUUGCUGCACACUCUAAUGUACGUGCUCACUAAGGCCACGGGCAUCACAGAAGAGCUCCACCGGAGAACCUACACCUUUUGCACGAGGUUGCUGACCCUGCCCGCCCCCUACUGCACGAUCGCCCUGGACUGCGCCAUCAGGCUGAAAACGGAGACAGCCGUCCCAGGGACGCUGUACCAGAGGCUGGUCAUUGCCGAGCAGAACCUGACGAGCGAGCUGUACCCCUACCGGGAGAGAGUGUUCCUCUUCGUGGAUCCUGAGCUGGUGUCUCCCUCCGUGUGCAGUGCCCUGCUGCUGGAGAUCGAGGCGGCCCAGGGGCAGCAGACACCGGAGGCCUGCAUGCGCCACGUGGUCUCCCACGCCCUGCAGGCGGCUCUGGGGGAGGCCUGCCACGCAGGCGCACUGCAGAGGAAGCUGCUGGCCAGCUCCCGCCCCGCCUUGGAGCGCUAUUUCCACGCCGUGGUGACAGCCGUGGAGCAGAUGGCCAGAGAGCCAAGCCCUAGCCGAGAGGGCCACCUGGAGAGGCUGGAGGAGAUUUACUGCUCGCUGCUGGGGCCGGCGGCGACCGCCAGGGGGCGCUGCGGCGGUGACCCCCUCCAGGACCGGCCGCUGAGUGUCCCUCUGCCCAGCCCCCGCAUCACCUUCCACCUGUGGACCGACGAGGAGCAGCUCUGGAAGGAACUGGUGCUCUUCCUGCGCCCGCAAACCCAGCUGCGCCUCAGUGCAGACCUGGAGGCCUUGGAUCUUCAGGGCCUCCUGCCAGACUGGGAGUUGGCCUGGGCGUCCAUGCUGUCCACUGACAGCGGCAUCGAGCGGGACCUUCCUCCGGGGGCCGACGAGCUGCUGGCCCCUGGCAGCCCCGAGGCAGAGCGAGCCGGGCUGCAGCGCAAAGGGGGCAUCAAGAAGCGGGUGUGGCCCGCAGACAUCGUGAUGCCCAGCAGCUGGGAUGGGCCCCCAGGGCUGCACCGCAGGACGGGCAGACCCAGCGGGGACGGGGAGCUGCUGCCCGGCGUCUCCCGGCUGCACACAGCGCGGGUGCUGGUGCUGGGGGAUGACAGGAUGCUGGGGCGCCUGGCCCGGGCCUACCACAACCUCAGGAAGCGAGAAACCCAGAGGUUCUGCCUCACCCCCCGACUCAGCCUGCAGCUCUACUACAUCCCCCUGGUGGCUCCCCAGACAUCUGCAGCAUCCAGGCAUUCGGAGCUGGGAGAGUUGGCCGCGUUCCUGGGCCGCAUGGACCCGUGGUAUGAGAGCAUCGUCAACACCCUGUGCCCCACCAUCCACAAGCUGGCAGAGAUGCCUCUCUCCCUGGACACAUCCCAGACCGUAGACCCCUUCAUCCUGGAUGCCAUCACCUACUAUGUUCGCAUGGGCACCCAGCCCAUCUAUUUCCAGAUCUACACGGUCAAGUUGCGGUUCACGGACCCUCUAGUUGUCGCCCAUGGGCUUAGUAGCUCCUCGGCAUGUGGGAUCUUAGUUCCCCAACCAGGGACUGAACCCAUGUCCUUUGCAUUGCAAGGUGGGUUCUUAACCACUGGACCACCAGAAAAGUCCCCCAUCCAGACUUUCUUGGUUGUUCACUUUGUCUUCUUCCUCUCUGGAUACGUAAGAGAAUCAUUAACUUCUAACACCUCAAGCUCAAGCAGAAGCAGACUUCUUCACGUGGAAGGGCUCUCUGUCCUUACAUCCUCCCCAUCACCCUUGCUAACCUCACCUCUUGCAGCAACUGCCCUCAUCUCUGCUCUGCUCACCGCAUUACACGACCAAGUGCUUCUCCAGGGUGUUCCUGCGAUGCUCCGGGCCUCGCUCUGGCACCUCACUGCCACUUUGUCAUGUACCUGCCGAAGCCAGUGCCUUCCCACCAAGACUCUGAGUCCCCUGAGAUGAGACUAUACUUUGUUCCUCUUGAGUCUCCUGCUAGUAGCACAAUAAAGUAUGUGUGUAUGUGUAUCAGAGGAUGGGUCAGUGUGGGACUGGCUGUGUGCAGUGGGUAUAGAGUUAGAGGCAGUGUGAGGUAGUGAGAAGUUCAUGGCUUUGCCUCCUGGUCCCUCUGCAUGCUCGCUGUGUGAUCACAGCUACCUUCACCUCCCUGACAUUGAUUCUCCCCACCUUUUAAAAAAAAUAAAUUUAUUUAUUUAUAGGCUGUGCUGGGUCUUUGUAGCUGUGCUGGCUUUUCUUGAGUUGCAGUGAUCUCUGGUUGCAGUUUGCAGGCCCCUCACCAUGGCUUCUCUUUUUGCAGAGCACAGGCUCUAGGGUGUAUGGGCUCAAUAGCCCUGGCUCAUGGGCUCUAGAGCUCAGGCUCAGUAGUUGUGGCUCACAGGCUUAGUUGCUCUGUGGCAUGUGGGAUCUUCCCAGACCAGGGAUCGAACCCAUGUCUUCGGCAUUGGCAGGUGAAUUCUUUACCACUGAGCCACCGGGGAAGCCCCAUUUUCCCCGUCUUUAAAAUGGGGAGAGCAAUCUUCAUCACAGGGUUUUUGUGAGAAUUUAAAUGAGUAGAAAAAUGUAUUAAACGAUUGAUGGGGGAAGAUGAUGGCAAGGCGGUCGGCACAUGGAAGAUUCCAGGACAGUGGUGCGAGGAUCAAAAUCCCACAUCCCGGGACUUCCCUGCUGGUCCAGUGGCUAAGACUCUACACAGUGGGCCUGAGUUCAACCCCUGGUCAGGGAACUAGAUCCCACAUGCUGCAACUAAGACCCAGUGCAGCCAAAUAAAUAAGUAAAUAUUUUAAAAAACAUCCUGGGCUAUGGGGUUCCUGGGAGCUGCCCCUGGCAGGGACGACCUCCCCUAGCCUCCCUCCCUCCCC